AUGUCUCAGCUGGAUUACCACCAUGAUCAGGUCGCCGACGGAGAUGGAGGAGGAGGAGGUUUUUUCUCUUUCUCCGCUUCCAACGGGUUCGACAGAGUUCAGCAACAACAGCAACAUAUAGCGCAGCAGAUGAUGAGGAGGGAUAAGCUUAGAGUUCAAGCUGAAUAUCCUCCUCCUCCUCCUCCUCCGCCGUCGCUAGAUGAGGAAGAAUCCGCCACGGCGGAUGGCGGUUUUCAUCAUCACCGCCACCUUCAACAACCGCAGCAGCAGGUGUGCGAAACGACGAGAAUGUUAUUCGAGAUGUUCAAUUUCUCUCCCACCGGCGGACCGCCCGUCGUCCCCACCUCUGUCCACUUGCUAGACCACCACCAUGAUCACGAUAAUCAGACCGAUUUCCACCACCAGAUAAUUCCGUCGACGAUUAAUGCGGAUUCGGCGGCGGGACAACUCUUCCUCUCCAAUCCGCCGCCGGGAUCAAUACCAUCUCCACCCCAACACCCGAUCACACGAUUCUCGUGGGUCCCGGACUCCGAAAUUGGCGGCAUGGUGGAAGCUAGUCAGGGCCGCCUCCACCAUUAA